AUGGCGCGCAGCCUGAAACGCAGCUACGUCGACGCAAUCGUUAGCAAGUCAUACGACGCUAACAACGGAUGGCCAUGUACAUGUAUGUGGUUUGACAUCUGCGCCGGGAAGCUGUUCUACACCGGAAAAGUCACCGACGCGCGUCGCUGCAUUGGCGGCGGGUACACCAUGGGCAGCGUCCUCAUCGGCCCUGCGAGCGACGACAAGGCUGCCCCUGCCGAAGAAGCUACAACAACAACAACAGCUCUACCGUCUAAUGAUGACACCGGCAACACCAACGAUCACACGUUUAUCUCCCCCCAGAAAAGUACCUCCACGCGGCCCUGA